UGCGGCUGCGGCCGCGGCGGCGGACGCGGCGGCGGUAGCGGCGCCUUAUCAUCAUCAUCGUCGUCAUCGGCUGCUACGUACCGCGGCGGUGGUACAGCUGCCGGUGCCGAUGCCGGCGGGUCACCUCUACAACAAGCGGCCAGGUCCUGGCGGCCAGGUGCCGGGCGGCAUUGGCAACAACGGCAUCAAUAGCCACAUUGGGAUCGGCGGCACCGCCGGUGGCAUCCUUCACGGAGGAGUCAAGGGCCAACGGCAGCCGUUCCUUCAGCGUCUACCGUCGCGCAUACACGAUCUCACUCGGGCAAUCGAGAUGGCAGUUUCGGGAGCGGCGAACACGGCAACGCAGCAACAUCAACAGCAGCAGCAGCGUCAGCACGCGCAAGCCAAGCAGACCUCCCUGAAGAGCAAGCCCAAUAACAAUCGUCAAGCCGGCAGCAAAAAGCUCCAGCAGAGCGAAAAAGUGUAGUUGCAAGGAGUGUGUGAGAGAGAAAGAGGGAGAGAGAGACUGAGCGUAUGUGUACUUGUGUACUUCGUGUGCGUGUGUAUGUGUGAGAGAAAGAGAGGGAGAGAACGGUUGAAGAAGAGAGAGAAGUAAUGAAGGAAAUAGAAAGGAGGCCGCGCGAGAGAUAAUUAGAAAGAAGUAGGUUAGAUCGUUCGACUGUCCGAUAUGUAAUCGUGGACUGUGCAUGUGGGAAAGCUCGAAGGAAAAUAACGGGGAGGGGGGUAGAAUAAAAGGGAUGCGAUAUUAACGAGUCCUCUCGUGUCCUCACAUUCCCCUUUUUUUUCCUCGCUGCGCUCUUCCUCUUUCGGGUUUCCGUUCUUGCUUGCAUUCGGUCGUAAUCGUAGAUGAAAGAAAAGAAGGCACGUCUUGGAACAUCCUUGGCGUUUUAUUGACACGAGCAAAAUUGUAAGAAAUUUGACAAGGAGGACGAAAGAUUGAAGCGCGUUUUUGCCUUUAUCUUACGUUUCUUUCACAAUCAUGCUGCAAGAUGCCAAGUAGGAAAUUUUAUUCCUAGUUACAAAGGCGUAAAUUUUCUUGACCAGAUGACGCGCGGGGAUGAUAGGAGAAUAACACGAAGAGACUAGAUGAAAAAAAGAGCCGUACCGAAAUUCGCAUUAGGUCUUACGGGUGACUCGCACAGCGUUCUAUUCGCGGGUCCUGUAUAUACAUAUUGCCGAUUUAUAUGUAUGCGUACGCGAAAGCAUGCUUGUGGACCAAGUGUGUAAACAGGACGAUAGCUCGUAAAGAGCUUUGAAGCUUGAGGGAAGAGGAAGACGCAAAAGAUCGAGGUAUGAAAGUGAGGAAGGAAGACAGAGAGAAAGAGAGAGAGAGAGAGAGAGAAAAAGGACUUUCCCUUCGAUUAGCAUUUGACGAUGCGUCGAGAGCCUCCGCCGGGCAUUUCGGCCGAUCUUUCUUUAUAUAUAUAUAUAUAUAUAUAUUUUUUUUUUUUCUUCUACUUAAUGUACAUCCAUGACCGGGUUAGUCACGACGAUAUCGGGCUGUGAGACUGAAUCACACACAUCAGACACGCAAUUAAUAUACACAUACACGUAUACUUGCACGUACAAGUAGAACGAUCACCAAAACGCGCGGUUAAGAAUGGCAGGCUGUCGUAAAAGAGAACAUAUUUCGGAACGCGCUCACGUGAGAUAAAACUCGUCGAAAUGCGGGAGAUAUAUAAGAGCGGAUGGGAGAGAGAGAAAGGGAGAGAGUGAAAGAGAGCAAGAGAAACAGAAGGAAGAAAGAUAGAGGGGAGUAUAAAAGAAUGAAAUCUCAGAGAAACACUCACACACAGUGCUUAGUAGUAGGUGGUUAUACAUACUCGUUUUAUGUAUAAGUUUUAGAGUAUUAGCGUCGUAUGGAUGAGAAACAGGAGAGAAACAGAUAGGGAGUACGGUGAGGGUACGAAGUGCAAAGGGAAGGAGGUAUUGGGAGGGGGGUGGGGGUGGGGGAGGGGAAUAAAAGGG